GCAAUAUUGACUGAGGCCAGGUCUAGUGAAAGUAGGAGGCGAGUGCACCUAUGUAGUUAAAAAGUUACUCAUUGACUUGUCCUUCGCAACAUGAUUGAGGUGAACGCACCCCUUUCAGACUCCAUUUUAUAGCAAAGGUGAAAACAAAUGUUCAGUGACAAUGCUGCUUCAAUGUGAGCUAUAAGGAAGAGGGUCAUAUCCGCGCCUGAGUUUCAGGUACAUAUUGACCAGGCUGACCAGGAAGUAGGGAACCAUGGGGUCCUGGGGCCCCGGUCUGUGUGUGGUUUUGUGUUUCUGGGGAACAGUUAGUUGGAACACACUUCACGGUCACAUUGUUGGCCCAUGUACUGUCAAUACUGGCACGGCAUCAUUUAACUGCAGUUGGAGGAAACUGGCCCAUAUUCCAACAGAGAUAUGGAACAAUGCAACCGCACUGGACCUCUCUCAUAACCACCUGAACCUUACUAACCCUCAACACCUCAGACAACUACAGAGGUUGGAUCAGCUGGUUAACCUAAAUCUCUCAGGAAACUACCUCCCUCUGCUGGAGAAAGGCCACUUCUGCAGCCUGCCCUUCCUGCAGAUACUAGACCUCAGUGGUUGCCAACUGACCUCCAUGGAUGCUGGAGCUCUGCAGGGUUUACCCAGGUUAGGGAAACUGUUUCUGGGGCACAACAUACUGCAAGCCCCCCUGUCUGUUUCUGCUCAAACUAUAUCCUUCCUGGAUCUCAAUGGGAACCAAGAGCUUGACCAGGGCUCUGAUGAUACGUCGACAGGAAUUAGAAGACCAUUCCAUAGGAAACUGUUAACAGAGGUCAUUGAACAUCCCAGCCCAACUCCAGCUAACUCAAUGACUACAACUAAUGGCAGUGAGGAUGGUGGUCAGAGCCGUUUCUCCAAAAGCUGGCAGUACCUGGUAGCAGUACUGGUGACGGCCAUCUCCCUUUCCCUCCUCAUCGCUGUACUGGCCAAAUGCCAACUGGUCCGCCGCUACCUGGCCAGUUACCGUCACACCCGGCUGAUCGAGGGGGACACAGCCAGCCAGUGUGACCCCAACAGCCUGGAGGUAGGCUUCUCCAUGCACAACCAUGGGGGACAGGCACGGAGCCCCCACCCUGCUGCUGUCCCCCAGGGAGAGAUGUACAUGGAGGAUGAGGAGGAUGAUGAUGAUGGCUUCAUAGAGGAUAACUACAUACAAGCCAGCGAGAGGGAGAGGGCUAAGAGGGCACUGGAACUGCAGGAGGAGGAGGAGGAUGACAUGGUAUUUUCCAUUGGCUAGAAGAGGUGGAAUGGGAGGGGAUAAAGAGGGGAGAGAGAAAUUAGAGAGAAAGACAGACAGACAUACAUACAGAGAGAGAGAGAGUCACUGUAGCCAAGUUGGACACUGAUUAGGGCCAAUGCUGAUAUUAAAUAUAUGCAUUUUGUCAUGACUUUGGCCUGGGGGUAGGUUUAUGACAGUCAUAAUUACCUCUUCCCCCCUUUUUCCUCUCUCUACCCUACUGAUGUUACAUUUGCAAAACCCUUGGUUAACAGAGAUUCUGGGAACAUCAGAAGGUGGGGGGAAAUGAACUAUAUUCUGGUAAUCCGACCAAUUGAACAUAUGCGGUGGUACUUAAUGUAUAUGAUGUCUGUUCGCUUGUCAUCUGAGACAUUCUCAUCAAUGAUACGAUGACAUAAACUCUACAGUGGAAAGUCUACACAUCAGAGUUAUCGGAUUGACGUGGAAUUGUUGUUUAAUAUAAAUGUUUGAAUAUGAAAUUAUUCGUGAUGGGAUGAAAUGUGAUUUUAGCUUCUAAAAUGUGAGAUUUGAGUUUUCAUAAGGUAGGGCUCUGCUCAAUCAGUGGCCCGCCCCUGUGAAGGGACAUGGGCUACAAAACUUUUCAAAUACGCCCUCCUCUUCCUUCCUAUAUAAAUCCUUGACGACAAUAUAACCUCCUGUUCCGAGGAUUUGAGGACGGCGGUCUGAUGUCAGAAUGGUUCAGAUAAUAACUACAGAACGAAGCCAACAUCAGCAUGAGCUUUUGGUUGCGAAUGGUAUGAACUUUGAACUCUUAUUCAAUACAGAAGUGAUACCUCCUAACCGUUGAGUUAGCAACAGCAGCUGCAAAUUCAGGUUGGGAUGGAACAGACAAGAGUAUUCCAUUUACCACACAACGACGUUACUACAACGUAUCCACUUUACCAGCAGAGACAUUCUUCAAAGGACAAAAGACUCGGUUGGGCAACACGGCCUUCCAUCUACCACCAACCUACCAAAGCGCAGCUAAGAGUAAAUAUUUAUUGCAUUUUCCUUUUCCAAAUGGGCGGUAAUUUAGAAUGCACAAGAUACUGCAUUUAAGAUAGCACAGCUUCGCCCUUUGUUCCUCAGUCUUCCUGCUCUUUCACUCAAACCCAGCCCCUUUUCUUUUGUGUAACAAGCUGCCAUAUCUGUUCCGCCCGCUAGGGACAUUUUCCUUUAUGAUGUAAUUUGUAAUCAAGUUAUGAUUUAAUUAUGUGUAAUUCUGUGUGAUUAGUUAGGUAUUGAGUAAAUAAAUAAUUAAACCCAAUUUUGUAUUGCUGGUUCAACUUGUUAGCCAAGGUUCGUGCAGAUAACCAAGAAUUAACAACUUUCAGAUGAGACUGAAUUAAGAUGACGAUUAAUGUUGACUGCUACUGAUGUAAAAUAUUACUAGGUCUUUAAGUUUAUUCAGAAGAUAACAGCUCUAUAAAUAUAUUUUUUGUUAGCUCAAUCAGGUAAUAUUAAUUAUGGAGAAAUUAUUUUAUAGAAUAGCAUGUCAUAUCACUUAAUCCGGCAUAGCCAAAGACAUGACAAUGUCUAUCUCCAUCAUUUUGGGAGGGAAAAAAACUGUCACAGAUGAAUACAAAACUGACAAUAGCAAUCUCUCUCAGAGCAGAGCCAACUCAAUGUAGCUUUGCAAUAGGGUACCUGUGGAUGUGUGUCUUUCAUUGGAUUUCCAAGUAGGGUUGACUUUGUACGGACUUGAAAUACAAAUAUGUUUGAAAAUGAUUAUACAAAGUGGAUCAAAUAAUCAAUCAAUUUGUUUUGAGUUUGCUUUUUUGAGUUCUGGCAUAAUUUGUUUGUUUUUUUUGGGGGGGGGGUGCUUGCACUCCACUUUCAUACAUUUGUAGAUCAAAUAAACGUUUUUAAAUUCAAUAGCACA